AUGUCGACCGCAGUUGCACCCGCGGUGGCCCCGUUGUCCUCAUCACAUACCACCCGCGAUCCCAGCCCGAAGAACUGCCCGACCUUGGCUCCUCCCGCCCCCGCGAAUUCCUCUCCCUCUCGUAUGUCUAUCAGCUCGCAAGAUGGUGCCUCUAAAGGCACCCCCGAGAACAAAGAUCCCUCGUCUCCCUCUGGCAGCACGGGUGCUAGAAUAACCGUCAAGAAGGAGCCGCCUUCGUCACCGCGCAUGGGGAGUAGUCGGCCCCGACCGCGCAAGUUGGACCUCUCGACCAGUCUUCCGUCCUCGAGCGGUCUUCAGGUGCGCCCUCCGAACGGGCCUAUGACCGCCCGUGAUGGAGUCCGUAUGCAGGACGUCGGCCUGGCGUGCCUGUCGCCGGGCUUCCAAACCCACGAUCCGAUCAUGCGGGAGCAGCUUCAGCGGAGUUUGUCAGUACGCGAUCAGCAGCGAUUAAUAAUCGAGGCGCGACUACAAAAGUCAGCCAAGGAUGAGGGUCCCGACGGAACCAAGCCUUCCGAGUCGGGCUUCAUGGGCAUGCCCAAGAGCGGUUCUAAGCGCCGAGCUCCUCCAGGUCUAUCGAUUGUUCCUCCCUCUGCGUCGCAGUUCGCCAACGAGCGCGUGAUUCAGUCCGCUCCGCUGAACCAGACGUUCACCGGCCGAUACCAGCCCCAGCCAUUGACACGGCACGUCGUCAACCAGAGCCCGACUCUAGGCUCGACCUCGCACAUGCACCAGCUCCCGGCCACCCAGACAAACAACCGCCUUCCCCCCUCUCCGACGUUUUUGGACAGGACGCAUUGGGUCCACGGGAUCGCGAUCCCAACCGUUCCGUCCAACCUGGCCCCCAUGCCCUCUCCUGGACUUCCCGGCAGCAUGUCUCACACCCCCAGUCGACCUCGUGAGUACCGUUCAGCCGAAGAGGCGGUACAGGACAUGUCAGGUGGACGGGAAGAACUGCUUCCUCGGAUCGUGCACUAUGGAGGCCACCAACCACCCACCCCGCCCUCACCUCAGACUAUCCAUGCUGCUCCCAAAACAGCCCCUCUAGUCAGCGAGGGAAUGCCUCCCAGUGCACCCCUGGCUCCUACGUUCGGUUUUGGUUCCACGGAUACGACCUCGCGACGUCGCCCGCGAAGCGAGUAUGAGACCGACAACGGGAGCCCGCCGUUGGGCCACGGCCCUAAUCAUCACCGGCCCAAUCCUGCUACGAAUCCAGGCUUCAAUGCAGUGCCUCAAGGCCCCUUCGGUGCUGGGAGAGAUUCACCAGAAACCCAGCGGCGAAAGAAGGAAGAAUUCCUCGGUCUUUGCGCUCGGGCUUGGGAUCUAUUCCACUCGUGA